CACGUUGAAAACCAAAACAUUUUGUGCUCCUUGGAACCCGAUCGGCAUAAAGACGAAGACUUUGAGUUCUGAUUAAACCCAACCGGUGAUUGCUCCGGCCACCGCGGACCGAGACCAGUAAUUGGGUGUUGUGCUUUGACAGUAAAGUGAUGCAGAAAUUGGGUGAUUACAAGCUGCCUCAGUUCUUCAAUUAUCCACCUUACUUCACGUUACAACCAGUAAGGGAUACGCGUGAGAAACAGAUACAACUAUGGAAGGAUCUUAUUCUUGAUUACUGCAGAACACAAAAGAUUUUUGUAAUUGCACUGGAAGAAGAUUUUCCUCUGUUCUCUAAUCCUGCGAUUGAAAGAUCGCUCACUCAUGAAGCCCGGGAAGCAUUCCUUUCCAUUUUAGUUUCAGAUGGUCGUGCAGAAUGGUUAGAUAAAAGACAUAGUAAAUGUCUAAUCCUCUGGCACAGGAUUCAAGAGUGGGCUAACAUAAUUCUGAACUUUGUGAAAGAAUAUGGAUUGGAGGAUAGUGUUAUGACUGUUGAGGAAAUUCGUUCCGGGAUCGAAUCAAGAGGAACAGAGCUGCACGGUAUCGACCGUACAAUUCUGAUGCGAGCUCUGAAACUUCUAGAACAAAAGGGUAAGCUUGCAAUCUUCAAGGGGACUACAGCUGAUGAUGAGGGUGUGAAAUUCUCUAUCUGAUCAUUUGAUUCAUAGCCAGGAAAAGUGAAGUGGUCUGCCCUUUUUUUGGUUUUUGCUUUCUCUGCUUCAAAGUGUGUUUGCUUUGAUUUGUGGUGCUUAUGAAUUUUUAAAAAAGUUAUAAUGAAAAUACUCUCAGUAAUCUUUUGUUCGUCACUUCCUUCCAGCGAUAUAUUUGGCUGAUGGGAGAUUUGCUCCCGUUUGUGCAUGCUGCAUUAUAAGAUCACUAUCUUGUUUACACUUGAUCUUAAAAUAGUGAUGGUCUUCAAUGGCAAAGAUUGAUAAUUU